AUGGUUCAAAUCUGCUUUUCUGAUCCUGGCUCGACCCAUCUUUCUAAAAUCUGUCAUUGUGAAGUUGAUCCGAACGUACCUGAUCAUGAAGAUAGUGAGCCACCUCUUUUACUGGCUGCCAUGUGUGGCUCCGAUCAAGCAAUGCACGUCCUCCUCAGUCACGGUGCGUCAAUUAACGCUAUCGACAGACAUGGUAACACGGCACUCCACUGGGCGGCAAUUGUAGGCAAUAUGAAUUGUGUGACACUCCUCCUGUCACAUGGAAUCCCCAUAAAUAUCACAAAUGACAUAGAAGUCACUCCUCUGAUGUUUGCUGCUUCCUACGAGCACAUUGACAUCGUGGGAUAUCUGCUACAGCAAGGAGCCAGCACGUUGCCUCAAUUGAAUCAAUGGAAUGAAUCGGCACUCACGUUCGCAUGUUAUGCGGGUGACAUUGGCAUCGUGGAGAUCAUUUUAGCGGUGGAGGUCCCGGUGGAGUAUCGGAGCAGGGAAUUGUACUCUUCCCUUGGACAGGCUGCGUUGGGCAGACAUAUGGAUGUGGUAGAACUCCUACUGGAUCUUAAAGCGCCUGUCGAUCUCCAGGACACAUUGAUUGAAAAUCCCCUUCAUUUAGCCAUUCGUGGUGGCAAUGAGUCAAUCAUCAGCCUCCUCCUAUCCCAAGGGGCAAAUAUUGAGGCCAUUAGUCUCGAUGGCUACACACCACUCAUGGCGGCUACAAGAGGACGAAAUGUGAAUGCGGUCACUGCCCUCCUAGAUGCAGGAGCGGACAUAUACGCAGUGAAUGAAGCAACCGGCGAGACUGCUUUUUCUCUGGCUGAAGAACGGGGUUACGAUCUGGGCCUCAAAUAA